AUAUAUAUAAUGCCCAUAAUGGUUCUCCCCUGUUCUCUCUCAUCGUUCGUCAUCUUCAUUUCAUCGUCGCCCCGUCUUCUCAAUCGCUUACAGCAGACUCAAACCCUUGCCAUGAUUCAUUACCAGCAAGCAAGCUUUCUCUCUUGAACUACGAUGACUUUUUAGCAUCUAAAUCUCAUAAUAGUUCGGAUUUCCUAGUAAUCUCUACUGAUUUGAUCUGUGGAGGUGAAAAUGGAACUUCAUCUAUUGAGAAAGAGGAAAUGGAUAGUUGCUAUGGCCUUAUUAGGUGUUUCUACCUACACUACAUAUAAACUCUAUCAUUUUCCCUCUGUAACAAAGAAGAGGAAGAAACUGUUCAAGCUUUUCUCGGUUCUGAUUUCAUUAGCUGAAACGAUUUCCGAUUCCUCCGAUGUAAUUAGUAUCGUGUCUAGGGAUCUGAAACAGUUUCUCCAAUCUGAUACCGAUGAAAUCCCUAAAAGCUUGAAGCAAUUAUCCAAAAUUGCUCAUUCAAAUGAAUUCUCAGAAUCUGUAGCUACAGUUACUGAAGCUGUAUCUCUAGGGUUUCUUAAGUUCUACCAGAGGAAGGACUCGAUUGAGACUGAACACAAUUCGAGCCUCUCCGAUCGGUUUAUGGAUAAAAUCAUGUCAACUGCUGGAACAGGUUUUGUAUCUGUAAUAGUGGGGAAUUUUGCCAAGAACUUGGUUCAAGGACUAUUAAACGUGGAAUCAAGUUCAUCAGAUUUCCCCAAAUGGCUAAAUCUCGCCAUUAGCAAUGAGAAAUGUAGACCGAUUAUCCUCGAUUGCAUCCAAACAUUCGUUAGCUCGGCCGUGGCUGUUUAUCUAGAUAAAACUACGACGAUAAAUGUUUACGACGAAUUGUUUUCAUCCAUAACCGAUCCAAAACAUCAAACCGAAGUUAAGGAUCUUCUCGUUUCUAUUUGUAAAGGAUCAGUAGAAACCCUAGUGAAAACGGUUCACCAAGUCAUGUUAACAUCAUCAAGGUCCGAUUCAGUGAAAUUUAUUGAGUCGAAAGAACCGAUUAAUCAAGAAUUUGUGUUUGAUUUAAUGGGUCGGAUUACCAGUGAAACGGUUAGGUCGGUUUUGGAGUUCGUUUCGUGGAAGUUAAACGACGGUUUGAGGAGAAGAGUGGUUGAAAAUGGGUUAGAAGUUGUUAGAUUUGUGGAUGCUAAAUCUUCUGUUAUUGUUACUGUUUGUAUUGCUUUGUAUUUGCAUGCAUUGGGUAAUAAUAAUACUAGGCUUUUAAUGUCUAUUUAGAAAAAAAAUGAAAAAGUUGAUUAUUGGA